AUGUCCAGUCAGCACUCAACCGAAUACACCCGUCGCAAUUCACUUCCUUCUUUUGUUCGCCAACUCCUCUUGCUAAUGUCACCAUCUGAGCAAAACACGCAAUCCCACAUCCACACUGAGCAAUCGAGCCAUGAAGAGAAACAAACUCCAAGCAGUCCAUUUGAAGACCUCUACUUUUCAUUUCCUGCUUACGAAGAACUGGACCCCGACAAUAAUGCCAAUAAUGGCUGCGAGUUGGGCUCAAGUUCGACCUCAAGUUCGACCUCAAGUUGUGCACAACACCACCAUCACCACCAACACCAUCGAGAAUCAAGCUCAGCCAUGAAAUCAAGUCGAGGAAUACUAAAUGAUCGUAGUUAUCAUAAACACGCCACUAUCACUGCCACUGCCACUGCCACUGCCACAAUCACAAUCACAAUCAAUACCAGUAAUAGUAAUAGUACCAAUGUUACAAUUACUGCUACAAUUACUAUUCCUACCACUACCACUACUAUUGCUGACCAUUAG